AUGGCCGCCAGAUAUCCCCCCGGCUUUCGCAAAUACCUUGGUGACUUGCCCGACGCCAUGGAUUUCCUCGACCAAGUCACCCAGUCGGACCUAGAUCCCGAGAUCAUCGAACGGGCCAAGGCCCUGCACCGUCGUGCCCACGUCUGCGCGACCUCGGGCGACAUCUACGGCGCGCGGGGACUCCACCGUGAGGUUGAGGACAUCCACGUCGAGAUCCACAAGGUCGCCAGCUACCGCGCCUUCAUCGGCCGCCUCGAGGACGCCGACACUGCAAACUUGCUCGCAUGCUACCUUCCCGAGCGUGCCUGGGCUCGAGAGUGGGCUCGGGCGUCCGGCUCCGCCAACGCGUGCGAGUUCUGCCACUGGGCGGCCACCAGAGACCAGGCCAUGGACUGCGAGCUUCUCGCGAUUCCCCUGGUUGCCGUCCUCGACAGGUACGUCGACGAACGACGCCGCUACUGCCAUUGGCUCCGGAGGCUGGUGGCGGUCGUCGACGAGAGCCACAACUUGCCCCCGCGCAGGGCCCCCAUCGACAACUACAUGGUCCGCGUCGCCGAGUACAGCCGCGCGCGGGGCCCCGCCGACAACGUCUGGACCUACAACCGCAUCGUCGCCACCAUGCGGGAGACGCGCGCCCGCAUCGACGGCACCCAGGCCAACGGGCGCCAACUGCUGCGGAACGGGUGGCAGGGCGCGAUCGGGAAGAUGGACCGCGACUCCGCCACCGCCCCGGCCCGGGCCCGAGCCUUCCUCACGCCGGCCCAGACCUCGGAGCUGACGCAGGCCAUCCACUACGACGCGAGGCUGUACUACGUCGCCCGGUUCGAAAUCGUCGAGGGCGGGCGGUGCGUCGACCAGCGGCCGCGCCGCUGGGUGCUGGACCACCUGCGGACGCACCCGCCCAACGUCCACCGGGACCGCUUCUUCGGGGGCCCGCUGCUGACCCUCGAAACCAUCUGGCCGCUGUAUGAGGUGGACGAGCGCGCGGGCGUGUGGGUGUGGUGCCUGUGGGACGAGACGGGCCCCGAGCGCUGGCACAGGCUGUUCGUCGGCCUCCUGGACGGGCGAGACGUGGACCUCCACGACAUGGUCGUCUUGAACCAGAGAGACGAGUGGGCCCGGGACAUUGCCAUCAGAUGGCUAGACCAGGAGAGGGCGCGAGAGGAUCGAGAGAACGAGGCGGGCGGCGAUUCCUCCGAUGACCAGGGCUCCGGCCGUGGCUCCGUUGUAGGCGCGGACGCAUCCUUGUACAAUGCCGACGACGAGGCCGAGUCUUCUGAGGAUGCGGCGGAAGACGAAUACGACAAGGACGACGAUGACGACGACGACGACGACGACGACGACGACCUCAGCCCGAAGCUCGCCUACGCCGAGAUGCACAGUCACGUCCUGGACCAGGACCGCAUGAGCCGGCCGGGCGAGUUCUCCAAUCUCGACUGGGAGGGCGACGCGUGGGUUGACGAGUACUCGGUCCACGGCUCGGAUGGUGACGAGUGGGAUGACUCGGACCUGUACGACCCCUCCGGUGGCGAGGAGUGGGAUGAGUACUCGGGCGGCUCCGAAUCCGACUUGGAUGGCGGCGAGUGGGUUGAGUCCGAUUCUGGCUCUGGCUCUGACUCCGACUCAGACUCAGACUCCGACCCCGACUCGGAUGAUGACGACAAGGGGGAGAUGGCGUCGGGGAGCGAUAUCGGGCCGCCGAUGAACCCCGGGACCACGCUGGCUGAGGUCAUGGCUGCUUGCCGUGGGUGCGACGCUCGCGAGGGGGGAACUGGCCGAAGUCGUUGA